AAAACAAAAAAACUGAAAUAAAAACCAUAUAAAACCGAAGCAAAUAACCAAUAGUUUACAUAUUUUUUAUGCAAAAUUGAACCGAACCACCAAUUUACCUUCCGUUUUGUCUUUGGUUUUAUGCAAAAAUUGAACCGUUAAAACCGAACCCACCCCUAGAAGAGAGUAUGUAAAUUAGACUCAUUUGUCCAUUUAUAUGUAUCUCACUAUAAAAGGGAGUGCCUCUAAUCCAAUCUAUAGGGUACUUACCACUAGUCAACAAUUAAUAAAAUAAUUGAAGAUGAAUUUGGUAGAGAUAUGUCUCAAUUCCUCCUUGCUUCUUUUUCUUCUUAUCUCCCUGCAACAAUGGGUUUUUCCCAUUAUACCCUGCCGUGCCACUCCUACUGAUCAAGCUCAGCGCCUCCAUAGCUUCAUCACCUCCAAUUUCAUCUCACCAAAUAAUAAUAAUAAUAUUAACCUUCCCCUCUCGGAAGAGUGGCCGGAGCUAAACCAAGAAGACGUCGCCCGAGACUUUCUUUCUUCUUCUGCUUCUUCUUCUUCUUCAGUAUAUGUUGGGCAGCAAGAGAGAUUGAGGAAGGCCGACAAGAUUGUCUCCCUGCCGGAUCAACCUCCCGGCGUGGACUUUGACCAGUACUCCGGCUACGUCACGGUGGAUCCCAAAGCCGGAAGGUCUCUGUUUUAUUACUUUGUUGAAUCUCCCCACAACUCUUCUUCCAAACCCCUCAUUUUGUGGCUUACCGGAGGGCCAGGAUGCUCAUCCUUGGGAAAUGGAGCCCUUUUGGAAGUUGGGCCUUUCAAAGUUAAGAGUGAUGGGAAAACACUCUACAAAAAUGAGCAUGCUUGGAACAAAGUGGCAAAUAUAUUGUUCCUCGAUUCGCCAGCUGGCGUGGGGUAUUCCUAUUCCAACGCCACCUCGAACUACAACAACACGGGCGACAAGAUCACAGCCAAGGACUCGCACACCUUCCUAGUCAACUGGCUCCAAAGAUUCCCACACUACAAGACCAGAGAUUUCUACAUUGUGGGAGAGAGCUUCGCCGGGCAUUUCGUGCCUCAGCUGGCUUACACCAUUCUUGCCCAUAACACCAUCUCCAAACACACACCCAUCAACCUCAAAGGCAUUGCUAUUGGGAAUGGUUUACUGGAUAAUGAUCUAUUCUUAAAAGGAAUCAUGGAGUAUCUUUGGGCACACGCAAUGAUCUCAGAUGAGACUCAUGCCGGAAUCAACAAGUAUUGUGACUUUGCUCAUGGCAGCUAUCCUGCAACGUGCUCAAAGUACACAUCGCUAGCGUUUUUGGAGGAAGGCCCCGUGUCUAUAGGUUACAUUCACAACUCUUAUUGCAAUCCAAAUGCAACCAAACCCAAAUCUCCUGGUUCGGGGUACGAUGAAUGCGCGGGCUUAUAUGUGCGAGCGUACCUCAACCGAAAGAAUGUGCAAAAAGCCUUUCAUGCUGUCAGGACGAAUUGGACAAGUUGCGGCACAAAAGUUGGGUUCAGGAACUGGAAGGAUGCUCCAAGAACAAUGGUGCCCUUACUCAAACAGCUCUUUGCAAAGAAACUAAACAUAUGGCUUUACAGCGGGGAUGCAGAUGCACUCAUAUCAGUGACAACAACAAGGCUUGUGAUAAACAGCAUGAAACUUCCCGUGGUGACUCCUUGGCGUCCAUGGUUGUCUAAGGGUGGACAGGAGGUUGGAGGAUAUGUGGAAGAGUACAAGGGGUUGACUCUUGUCACAAUACGAAACGCUGGACAUGCGCCUCCCAGCUACCAACCGGAGCGCGCGCUCACUAUGGUCACAUCUUUUCUUCAAGGGAAACUUCCCCCCUCGGCUUAGUUAGCUAUACAACAAGCUGAGGUUAUUGUUUUUAUUAUGUUCCCACACAAACAAGAUCAUUAUAUCUGUAUGUUAAUAACUUUUUACCGGCCAUUAUGACUUUUGUGGUACAUCUGAAGUUGAAUGAAAGAAUUCAUUUACUUUUUAAUGUAUCAAGAAAGUCGUAAUGAUCUUUUAAAAAAGAAAGGGAGAGAGUGUGUAUUAAGACUUUUCUCAUUCUAAAAGUUGAGCCAAUAACAAUGAUGGUUGAAGGGGGCAAAUUUCUAAAUGUUUCCGUUUUGACUUUGCACGGAUUUUUAAGUAAACUUGUUCGGUUGAG